UUGGGAGGAGGCGGCGGGGCGGUGGCAGGACCGGGAGCUGCUCCGGCUCCGGUCUGCGGCGGGGAGGGGACGGGGAGACGCCCGGUGGUGCGUGUCGGUCCUAUGGGGCCCUGAGCGUACAGCCCCCGGUGAGAGAGCGCGUUUCUUUGCUGGGGCGCAGAGCCUGGGGGGGGGGAGGAUGGAGGGUCAGGCGGCUCCGGGCGCUGGCGGCGGCGGCGAGGAGCCCCUGAGCUCUGGCAGGAUGAACCCGAAGCGGAGUGGGCGCGCCGCGGAAGAGGAGAGCCGGAACAAGCCCAAGCUGCGUGACAGAAUAACAAGCUUCAGAAAAUCAGGAGUGAAAAAAGAGAAACCUCUCAUUCAGCAUCCUAUUGACUCUCAACCUUCUAUAAGUGAAGUCCCGCUUUCCCAGGCACUUGUUGAUGACCGUUGCAUGAACUUAUCAGAAAAAGAAGUUAUGGAUCUCUUUGAAAAAAUGAUGGAAGACAUGAAUCUAAAUGAAGAACGUAAAGCUCCUUUGAGAGAUAAAGACUUGACCACAAAACGCGAGAUGGUUGUCCAAUACAUUUCUGCAACUGCCAAAUCCAUAGUCGGAAGUAAAGUUCCGGGUGGACUGAAAAACAGCAAGCAUGAAUGCACACUGUCCUCACAAGAAUAUAUUCAUGAAUUGCGAUCUGGAAUUUCAGAGGAAAAGCUUCUUAAUUGUCUAGAGUCUUUGAGAGUGUCUCUAACUAGCAAUCCAGUCAGCUGGGUUAACAAUUUUGGACAUGAAGGUCUUGGACUUCUCUUGGAUGUAUUGGAAAAGCUUCUGGACAAGAAACAGCAAGAAAGUAUUGAUAAGAAGAAUCAACAUAAACUUAUCCAGUGCCUCAAAGCAUUUAUGAACAAUAAAUAUGGAUUGCACAGGAUUCUAGGAGAUGAAAGAAGUCUCUUGCUGUUAUCAAGAGCAAUUGAUCCAAAGCAGCCACACAUGAUGACCGAAACAGUGAAAAUACUUUCUGCUCUCUGCAUUGUUGGAGAGGAUAAUAUUCUGGACAAGCUUUUAGGUGCUAUAACAACUGCUGCUGAAAGGCACAAUAGGGAACGUUUUUCUCAGAUUGUUGAAGGACUGGAAAACCAUGAAUUCUUACAACUGCAGGUAGCAUGUAUGCAGCUCAUCAAUGCCCUUGUUACAUCUCCAGAAGAUCUUGAUUUCAGGAUACACUUGAGAAAUGAGUUUUUACGUUGUGGCCUGAAGAAAAUAUUGCCUGGCUUGAAAGAUAAGGAUAAUGAAGAGCUUGAUAUUCAGCUGAAAGUGUUUGAUGAGAACAAAGAAGAUGACUUAAUUGAACUGUCACAUCGUCUCAAUGAUAUCAGAGCUGAAAUGGAUGAUGUGAAUGAAGUAUUUCAUCUGUUGUAUAAUAUGUUGAAAGAUACUUCUUCAGAAAAUUACUUCUUGUCAAUUCUCCAACAUUUCCUUCUCAUCAGGAGUGAUUACUAUGUCCGACCUCAGUAUUACAAGAUAAUAGAAGAAUGUGUAUCACAGAUAGUAUUGCACUGCAGCGGCACGGACCCGGAUUUUAAAUGUAGAGGAAGAAUGGAUGUGGAUUUUACUCAUCUUAUUGAUGCAUGUGUAGACAAAGCAAAAGUAGAAGAGAGUGAAAAGAAAGCAGCAGAAUUUUCCAGAAAGUUUGAUGAAGAGUUCACAGCUCGACAGGAGGCACAAGCAGAGCUUCAAAAACGAGAAGAGAAAAUCAAAGAACUUGAAACAGAAAUCAAACAGCUACGAACCCAGGUAAUAAUCACAGGUCCAGCCCUGACAGGUCAACUGACAGAAGUAGCAUCGUUACCUCCAACCCUACCAAGUGAGAAUGCGCCACCUCCUCCACCGCCUCCGUUACCUGGUGGAGCAAUACCUCCUCCACCACCGCCUCCGUUACCUGGUGGAGUAAUGCCUCCGCCGCCGCCUCCGCUGCCCGGUGGAGCAGCACCACCUCCACCGCCUCCACUACCUGGUGGAGCAGCACCACCUCCACCACCUCCGCUACCUGGUGGAGCACCACCUCCUCCACCACUGCCUUUUGGUGGGCCUCCAAUGCCACCAGCUCUUGGAGGUGUUCCUUUUGCUCCCUUUCCGGUGAUACCAGCGUUACCACAUGGGAUGAAGGAGAAGAAAAAGUAUAAGCUGGAAGUCGCAAUGAAGAGAAUCAACUGGUCAAAGAUUGAGCCUCAAGAGAUAGCAGAAAACAGCUUUUGGGUAAAAGCUGAAGAAGAUAGAUUUGAAAACCCAGAACUGUUUGCAAAAUUGGCGCUUACCUUUGGAACCCAAAUGAAAGCUAAAAAGACAGUAGAAGAAUCCGAAGAAAAGAAAGUAGUUCAGUCAAAGAAAAGGGUUAAAGAGUUGAGAAUUUUGGAUGGAAAAACUGCACAAAAUCUAUCAAUAUUUUUGGGUUCUUUCCGUUUGCCUUACGAAGAAAUAAAAAAUAUAAUUUUAGAGGUUGAUGAAGAGAAGCUGAGUGAAUCCUUGAUUCAGAACCUAGUGAAGAAUCUUCCGGAGCAGACAGAACUCAAUGCCUUAGCUGAAUUAAAGGAUGAAUAUAAUGAUCUUGCUGAGCCAGAACAAUUUGGAGUUGUGAUGAGUUCAGUGAAAAUGUUGCGAUCACGUCUCAAUGGGAUCCUUUUCAGGCUUAUGUUUGAUGAGCACGUAAACAAUAUCAAACCUGAUAUUAUGGCUGUUACACUGGCUUGUGAAGAGCUGAAGAAGAGUGAAAGCUUUAGUAAACUAUUAGAGUUAGUGCUGUUCCUUGGAAACUACAUGAACUCUGGCUCCAGAAAUGCACAGUCUCUUGGUUUUAACAUCAGUUUUCUUUGCAAGAUUCGAGAUACUAAAUCAUCAGAUCAGAAAACAACCCUAUUGCAUUUUCUGGCAGAAAUCUGUGAGGAGAAUUACCGGGACAUCUUAAAAUUUCCAGAAGAAUUGCAACAUGUUGAGAGUGCAAGUAAAGUUUCAGCCCAGACUCUGAAGAGCAACCUUGUUUUAAUGGACCAGCAGAUCCAGCGCCUAGAACUUGACAUUAAGAAUUUCCCUAAAACAGAAGAUGAACAUGAUAAGUUUGUAGAAAAGAUGAGCAGCUUUGCUGAGAGUGCCCGAGAAAUAUAUGAAAAAUUGUCCAACAUGCACAACAACAUGAAUAAAUUGUAUGAAAACUUGGGAGAAUACUUUACCUUUGAUCCCAAAGUAAUAAGCAUAGAAGAAUUCUUUGGCGAUCUGAGCAACUUCAGAACUCUGUUUUUGGAGGCGUUAAAAGAAAACAACAAAAGAAGAGAAAUGGAGGAGAAAACGAAGAGAGCCAAAUUGGCAAAAGAGAAGGCUGAACGAGAGAAACUGGAGCGACAGAAGAAGAAGCAGCAGUUGAUUGAUAUGAACAAAGAGGGUGAUGAGACAGGAGUAAUGGAUAGUCUGCUUGAGGCCUUGCAGUCAGGAGCAGCAUUCAGAGAUCGCAGGAAACGAACACCAAGAGGACAAGAUAACAAACGAGCAACUUUGGAAAGGUCUCGUUCUCGCCACAAUGGAACAAUAGCAGCUGUAUGAUUCUUCUGAUGCCAAAGAAUUAGUGAAUUGUUUUAUUUACAGUUGAAUGGAUAUACUUUGAAAAGAGUUUAUCAUACAAAUUGGCAAUGAUCAUAAAGGAAUACUGGUAUUGAUUAAAUGAGAAGGUGUAUAAAUGUUAAGUAUUUUAAAAGCUAUUGCUAAAUAAUCCACAUACUGUAUCUUAUUACCCCAACUACCAAGAUCUGUAAACAGUGUUAAACAGUAGGAUAUAUAUCUUAUUUUCUUACGUUCUUUCUUUUCUUCCCUACACCUCCCCCUCCCCCUUUUUUUUUGUUUUUUUAAAGCUGGCAACUUACAUGAAAGGAGUUGGGGAUUUCUAGGUUAUGUUUUAUAUGGGUAAGAAAAUACAAAUUUGUUGAAAGAAUACAGCUGUGGAUUCCAUUUGCAGUUCUGAUUUGGACAUGAAAGGAAAAAAUAAUAAAAUUGUAUGUUAAUAAAUUCAAAGAUGAGCUGGUCUACAUUAUCAGAAUCUUUUUGUAACCAUAAAAAAGCAACGCAUAGCCCCAGUCAGGUUGCUGAAAGUCUUAUCUCAAUGUAAAGCCUGGUGGAUUCGCUAUUCUGGCUGCAAGUAGGACAUACCACAUAUCUACACUUUUGGUGAUAUGAUGAUGUAUAGUUACUUAUCACUGCUAAAAAAAAUUUAAAUAUAACAGAGCAUAGGAUUUUACCACAAUUAAAUGAUAUCAAGGGCAGGAUAUGUUUUUAACUGUAUCUAAGGAGGGAUUUUUCUAAUUAUGCACUUAUAUAUUCUUUAUAAAGAUAUUUGGGGGAAAAUAUGAUUGUCCUAUUUUAAUUAUGCUAAAAAUACCUUUGUGUAGGUUUUUAGAGACAAGCUACAUUAUGAAGUUAUGCAGAACUGCCUCUGAGUUUUUCCUCUGUUCUCAGGUAAAAUAUGUAGCGGGAUCUCUACCGGUGGAUUUUAGUGCUGAGGGUUUAGCAGCUCAGAACAAAUUUUCUACCUGGAGCACUAUAUAGCAGUGAUCAAUGAUUGCAGCAGUCUGAUCUUUCGGGAAGCUCCUCCCAUUCUACUUUGCAUACAGGCCCCUUGCACUGCAGUACCUCAGGUGAGCAGUCAGUGUAGUAGCUGACACUCUGUAUGUUCUGCCACUCCAGGGGAAACUAUCGUUCCCUUUUCUCCCCAGACUCUAGUUGAAUGUACAGUCUGUCUGGUGUUCAGGUCAGUCUUCGCCAUCCUUUUUACUAAAGGUUCAUUGCUUCUCUGGAUGGGAUGGAGGAUUUUAAGUGGGAGUUCCAGUGGAACUACUCAUAUGUUGCUCAGCUAUGAUAUUUAAAAAAACCAGGAUACUAUAGAGUAGAUGGCACUUGUUCUCAAAUUAUUAUUGCUUUUUCACUGAUUGAUGAAUUAUUAUGAAUACUUUUAAUGCCUGGUGUUAUGGGGAACUUUUUUCUUAAUGUUAUGUAAAGAAUAUUUGGAAGGUAAGGUGUCACGUUGUUUUCUGUGCACAAACUGCUAGCUCUAGAGGAGCGCUUGAUACUGGGGCAGUGUAACUUUGCACUACUGCUUGAGCCAAGCAUCUUUGUACAGCAGAUUCUUUUUGCUUCUCUGGUAAGAUACUAUCUGACUAGUUUGGGAUAAAUUCUCACAAUUUCAAACUACAGCGAUCAAUAUCCAAUUAUUGUAAGAAAAGAUGCAGCUCCUUUUCAAUCUAGUAUUGAAAUAAUUUUUUUUUAAAAAAUCAUCUUCAAAGGAAAUGGGGGCUUUGCCCAUUGCUAUAUCUCUAAACAUAGGAAUAUGACUGAAGCCUAGUGAAAUGUGUGCUGUCAACUAAUACUCUUCCUAAACUUUUUGGGGGGUUUUGUGGUUUUAGUAACAAACUAAAGAGUUGUAUGGUACUUCAGGAAAAAAAAAAAAUGCAUGCAACAGGAUCCUAUCUCCCUGUUUAUCAGUAAGAGAUACAAAGAAUUAUAUCCUGUUUUCCUGUAAGAUCAACAUCAACCUUGUAUUGAAGCAUAACUUUUUAAAGUGGAACUAUUCAAUUUACAGUUCUAAAAAUGUGCUUAAUGCACGAAGCAAGUUUAAAAGGAUUAGGUUCAUAAUGUCUAUAUAAAUUUGUACUACAAUCAACAGUGUAUUAGAAUUCAAAUUUUAAAAUGAGCGUUUUGCUGGAAUUUACAAGUAUUGGUAUAAUCUUUAUAUGUGAAAACUCAAAAGCUCACAACAGAAUCUUUAUUAGUGCACAAGUUUUUCAUUUCCAUGGGUUAUAUUUUUUUUAAAGCUCUGUGAAAGCUGACUACAGAUUUUCAAGAACCAAAUCUUAGGGAAAAAAAAAAAAGCAAAUCCAAAAUAACAAUACCAUCCAAUGCUUCUAUUUUACUACUAUUUUUUUCAUAUUUGGAACAUUUAUAUAAUUUAAUGGACAUAUCUGUUAGAACAAAAGUGUCUUUCAAAGGAAAACUAGUUUAGAAGAUAAUUUAUGUAAAUAUAGGGUGCUCGUAUUUAUGAAGUCUAAAAUAUUUUCUGAAAUUGAUGCUGGUCACUUUGUCUUUUGAUAGUUUUUCAGUCUAUAUUGAAUUGCAGAUAUUUUUAAUGUUUUUAUUAUUGAUCUAAUUUUCAGAGGUGUCACAUGUUUAUCUAGAAGUGUAGAAGAGUAGCACCUUUUUCAGAAAUGCACUUGCCUUAUUUUCUAAUUUUAAAAAAUGAAAUAUAUCAGUUAAAUUAUAUUUGUAUUCAAAGUAAUCCCAGAAAGAAAAUCGCUGGAGGGUUCAUACAUAAAUUUCUUGCUAAUUAUGUUUCACUAUAUGUCCUCUGAGACAUUACAUUAACAAUAUACCAGCACAUCUGUUUGCAUUCACAUUUUACCAGUUACAAGUACUGAAGAGAAUUUUUUUUUAUAAUGUUACACUGUUUACAUUUCUUAGUUUAUUUAAGAGGAAGAUAAUCUUACCUUUGCAAUGAAUUGAACUUUUGCAGUUGACAUGGGAAUGAAAUGUUUAAAUCAUAUACAAAUAUACAUAUUUGUUGCUUAACUACUGGCUGUACAGAUCAGAAAUGUAAAGACACUAGACAUUUUUUGCUCAAGUUUUAUGCAGUUUACUGAGAAAAAAGCGCAACACAAUUUGUCAUGUAUGUUUGUUUGUGAUUCAACAAAUAUCCUUUCCCAGCACAUAAGUGAUGUUUGGUUUAAGUGUUAAUCAUAUUAUGAACUGAUGCUAAAGCCAAAACAAAAUUAGUGCCUCAGAGGGCAUUGACAAACAGCUUCAGGAAGUAUUCCCAGAAAUACUAUUACAUAAUUUGUUCUGGUUUUAGACAACCAUGGUCAAUAUGAAAAAUGUUAUCUAAAAUUAUCUGUUCUUUCUUGAAAAUUCAGAUAAAAAUACAACCACUCCCAUAGUUCCCUUCUGUAAUAUGCAAAUAGUUAUGAAUAUCUGUAUAUUUUUGCAUUUUUGUGUGUGGUAUAUGUACUACCUCAGACAAAUGAUGUAAAAA